AAGCGCCAUGGCAGGCGGUUGAGGUCAAAAUAGUGCAUUUUGGGAAUAUGAAUUUAGGAAAAUUUAUCACUAAAGUAACGAUACAAUUUUUACUGGGUUCAAUAACAACUGACGCAUACAUGUAAUGUAUGCAAAGUGCAUUUAGUAAUUUCCUAAACGAAAAUUAUUAACAUAACCUCAUUUUGUGAUAAUUAUUCUGACAUUGUGACAGUAACUGAAAAAAAAUUAAAAAGUUAUUUAUAAUUUAUCCAAUAACAUGUUUUUUUCAUCUAUUUAAAAGACAUACAUUUUAUGUACAUAACAUUAUCAAUAUAGGAAAAUGAUCCGUCAAAAAUACAUUCGAAUAUGUCUCCCUGCUUGUUUAGCGAUAGUUUUUAAUUUUUCUUUACAUCAUAUCGAAGAAGGACAUGUUGGCGUUUACUUUAGAGGUGGUGCUUUAUUGCCAUAUGUUAGUAAUCCUGGAUUUCACAUGAUGAUACCUGUAUUAACCACAUAUCGAUCUGUUCAAGUUACAUUACAAACGGAUGAAGUUAAAAAUGUACCAUGUGGUACUAGUGGUGGUGUAAUGAUCUACUUUGAUCGCAUAGAGGUUGUAAAUAUUUUAGAUGCAAAUAGUGUUUACACUAUGGUAAGAAACUUUACUGCAGACUAUGAUCGUACUUUGAUUUUUAACAAAGUACAUCAUGAGUUAAAUCAGUUUUGUUCAGUACAUACUUUACAUGAAGUAUAUAUCGAUCUAUUUGACCAAAUAGAUGAAAAUUUAAAAACUGCUUUGCAAAAAGAUCUAAAUGAUUUAGCACCAGGUCUUAACAUUCAAGCAGUAAGAGUAACCAAACCAAAAAUUCCUGAGACAAUCAGGAAAAAUUAUGAAUUAAUGGAAGCAGAAAAAACAAAACUCUUAAUAUCUACACAACAUCAAAAAGUGGUAGAAAAAGAUGCAGAAACAGAUAGAAAAAAGGCUGUCAUAGAAGCUGAAAAAGAAGCACAAGUUGCGAAAAUACAGUACAAUCAAAAGAUUAUGGAAAAAGAAUCUCUUCAACGAAUUGCAGGUAUAGAAGAUGAAAUGCAUGUUGCUAGACAAAAAAGUCGUUCCGAUGCUGAAUAUUAUCAACUAAAAAUGCAAGCAGAAGCAAAUAAAUUGCUUCUAUCUAAAGAAUUCUUGGAAUUAAAGAAAUAUGAAGCUUUAGCGCAUAAUACAAAAGUCUAUUAUGGACAAGAUAUACCAAAAAUGUUUAUGUAUGGUGGUUGUACUAAUGAUCAAGAUUUAAGUUCACAUGUAAACAUUAAAGAUACUCAACCACAAAUGUUAUAAAAUAAUUUAUUAAUAAAGAUCUCAGUAACUUAUCAUAAUGAAGCUAGAUUGAGUAAUAAAAUGAAUCAAGAUCGGAAUCAUCUGAUUACUUUUGAAUAACACUUAUAUUUUUUAAAAAUAUUUUUAUUUAAGAUAUUUAAUGAUAAAAGUACUUGCACAAAAACGUGUAUUUAUCUUAUGUGUCAUUAGAUUUAAUUGGCAAUUAAUGAUGUUAAAAUCUUUUUUAAAUAAAGAACAUUAAAAAAUA